AUGCUUCCUUUAGAAAGUAUGUAAACUAUUGAGGAUUUAUAAGAAUUCGAUUUAUAUAAAGGAUAUUAAUUUGAAGAAAAAGAAAAAUAAAAAAGUUAAGUUGAAAAAGUAUCGCGUAUUCUAGAAGAAUGUUUUAAAAUCUAACAAUAUGAAGGCACUAAUUUUUCUGAAGGAAAAUUAGUAAAUAACUUCUCCUAUUAUUUAGAAAAAAUUUAAAUACUUUUUAAAGAAACUUUGUCUCCAGAAGGUGCUAAGGAAAGCUAUAUUAAAAGCUUUAUUCUAAUAUCCCUUGAUAUUGAUAAUAUAUAUAACGCAGUUUAUUUUAUAAUUACAAUUUUGGCUGUAAAUAAGUCUGAAGAUCCUUUAGUUUAUGCCUUUUUGCUACUUGAUAUUGUUAAAAGAAGUUUAGAUUUGCAAAAUGUAAUUGCAGCUAUUACUACUAAUGCCAGAAACCUUCUCAAGUUUGCAUGCUUGGGGCUUAUUAUUUUAUAUAUUUAUGCUAUUAUAGGUUAUAAUAAUUUCAAAGACUUUUUCAAUAAAGAAGCAGGGGCAUUUAGUGAUACUUUUUUCCUUACAAUUACUUCUGUGAUUAAGGAAGGAUUACGAAAUGGAGGAGGAAUAGCAGAUAGUUUGAAUAAUAUAGAUUAUAAUGAUGAAAAUUCUUAUUCAAAUAUUUGGAAGAGAUAUGCAUAUGAUUUAUCUUUUUUCGGCUAUAAUAGAUAACAUAUAGAUACAUUUAAUAAAAAUGGAUGGAAUUAUCAUAUAUAUUAAGAACACAAUUUAUACAAUAUUAAUGAAUGUGCUGGAAUAGAAAAAUACGUUAAGGAUAAAAUAAAUGAUUAUUAAACUGAUUUCUUCCCUAUAUAAAGGUCAUUAUAAGAAGAAAAAUAAAAGGAAUAAAAAUGA